GUGUGUGUGUGUGUGUGUGUGUGUGUGUGUGUGUGUGUGUGCACUCGGCAGCCCGCCUCUGGCCGGCUGAUGCUUUCGUCUCGUCCCUGUCCAUUCGGUUGAGGAAAGGGGGGAGAGGAAGAGACGCGACGCGAGAGGAAUCAUCCAUGGGUGGCUGUGUGGGCAGUCAUCAUGACUCUUCGGGCAGCUUAAACGAGAACUCGGACGGAACCGGAGUGGCGCUGGGGCGCAACCAGCCCCUGAAGAGAGAGAAGCCCAAAUGGAAGAGCGAUUACCCGAUGACGGACGGCCAACUGCGGAGCAAGCGCGAUGAAUUCUGGGACACGGCGCCCGCCUUCGAGGGCCGCAAAGAGAUCUGGGACGCGCUCAAGGCCGCCGCACAGGCCUUCGAGAGCAACGACCACGAGCUCGCUCAGGCCAUCAUCGACGGAGCUAGCAUAACGCUUCCACAUGGUGCUCUAACCGAGUGCUACGACGAGCUGGGUAACCGCUACCAGCUCCCCGUCUACUGCCUGUCUCCGCCCGUCAACAUGAUCGAGGAAAAGAGCGAGAUGGAGACUCCCGAGGCCCCCGAGGCCCCGCCCACCGAGGGACACGAGUGCCAGCUGCGUCUGCGUCUCUCGACGGGUCGCGACCUGCGGCUGGCCGUGCGCUCCGGAGACAGCGUGCUGUUCAUGAAGCGGCGUCUGCAGGCUCAGGAAGGUCUCGAGGCGUCCAGCCAGCGCUGGUUCUUCUCGGGCCGGCCGCUCAGCGACCGCAUGAAGCUGCACGAGCUCAACAUCUCCAAAGACUACGUGGUGCAGGUGAUCGUCAGCCAACCGCCGCCCGUGGAGAACUGACGGAAAACUGUGAAACCUUCCAGCAUCUUCCCGCCGUGGAGACGAUGAUGGUCGCUGUCGGGGGUGGGAAGGGGGGGUGGGGGAAGGGGGGUGUCGUGUGUAGAACGUCGGAGAUCUUGCCUGGAGAGGAGCCGGGAGGUUUCCCGUAAGCACGCUGCUCUAAGGACAGACGUGAGGAGAUUGGUGAAGCGCUUUCUCUUCUUUUCUGUCUCUUAUGUCUGCAAGGCAGACCUGGAAUACGGACGUGUGAAGCUCCGUGGCUCUGAACCUCUGUGAGACUUUCCUACAGCCGGAACUUGUCUCGGCUUUUAACCAAUCACUUCUUAUUUUUUAUUAUUAUUAUUAUUAUUAUUUGGUUUUUAAUGGGGAAAAAAAAAAUCAACUCCCGAACUAGUUAUGGAAUAUAAGAAUAUAUACAAGAAGGAGUCUCAAUUUCAUUUCUUUCCACAAAUGUCUUUCUUCUUCUUCUGCGCUUUUUAAGUCGGGUGUGCAUUUAAACGACUGUCUCGCGCCGUGAAACGAUCCUGACGUGAAAAGGCGUCUUUUUCUUUCUUUUCUUAAUUUUUUUUUUUUUUUUUUUUUUUUUUUAAAGAGGUUCUGCAGAAGGGAACUUGUGUGGUUUUUUUUUUUCCCCCUGUGUAAUAAAUCAGCUGUUUGACCUUUCGUCUAGAUUUCGGCACAGGGGAAGUGUGUCACGUAAGGCUCCGCGCCGUACUGUACAUCUGUCGCCAUAACGUAGACGAUACGCAGCACGGGCGUCACGGGCACUCCGGUCGGCCCGCCGGGUUUCCGUGGCACCGUGUCUUCUCUCUUUUUCUUUCUCAGCGAGAGGAGUGCGGCGUUUUAAAAGGCGUGUAAUCACGAACAACCCCCGAGGAAGAAAGGAAG